AGUAGCAUCAUCUGUAGUUACAACACUCUCCAACAGAAGAAAUGGAUAAGUUGUCAUGGAGUUCAAACUCUAAAACACUGGAAUUCCCAGGCGGCAGCGGCGGUGGUGCCACUAGUGUCUCCGACGAAGAGGUAUUGUUAGCUUCUCAGCGACCCAAAAGACGUGCAGGGAGGAAGAAAUUCAGGGAAACGAGGCAUCCAGUGUACAGGGGAGUUCGAAAGAGGAACACUGAUAAGUGGGUAUGUGAAGUGAGGGAGCCUAAUAAGAAGACUAGGAUAUGGCUUGGUACUUUUCCUACUGCGGAAAUGGCUGCAAGGGCUCAUGAUGUAGCAGCAAUGGCACUCAGGGGAAGGUCUGCUUGUCUUAAUUUUGCUGAUUCUGCGUGGCGGUUGAGGUUGCCGGAAUCUUCUGAUGCUAAGGAUAUACAGAGAGCUGCGGCUGAAGCUGCGGAGAGGUUUAAACCUGUGGAGAAUGAGGAAAUUUGUAGUAAUGACAUGAGGACAGAGGAGAUUGAAUUGAUCACAUCACCAGAUACUAGUCACACUACUCCUACUACUCCUACUUCCUUGUUUUUCUGGAAUGAAGGAGAAGAAGAAGAAGCAGAGUCUCUGUUUGGAAUGCCUAGUAGGUUUAAAGACAUGGCUUUACUCUCUCCAACUCAUGUAGUAGGUGGCUUCAAUUGGGAUGACGUGGAAUCUGAUGCUGACAUGGCUUUAUGGAGCCACUCACUUUGAAUUUUUUAAUUUUUAUUCUUUUAUUCUUGUUAGAGUAAAACAGAGUUUUUGUUUUUGUUUUUUUUUUUUUUCUUCUUCUUUUUCCUUUUUGGGUGAGGGGAUUCAAAUUUUUGCUACAAUUCUCAUUACCCAAUUCGUUUGAUUUGUUUAUUUGAUUCAGGAUUUAUUCAUUGUUUGACAAUGAAUCCUUUAGAGCAGCUUUGUACACAAGUUAUAUAUAGUCGAUUAAUAUAAGUUUUUGCUUCCAA